UGGGCUACAGAGCAAUUCGGAUCUUGACCUCAAAAACCCAUCUCUUGAUUUUGCCCUAAAACCUCAGAUCUCGAGUUUUCGAUUCGAAUUCUGACACGAUUGUGGCUCCCAGACCGAUCUUUCACAGAUGGGUAAUUGCUGUGUGACCCCCCAGACGGGUUCGCCGUUGAAGGACAAGAAGAACAGGAAGAAUCCAUUUGCGAUUAACUACGUUGCCGGCCAUGGAAAUGGUGGCUCCAAGCUCUCUGUGCUGAAAGACCCAACUGGCGUUGAAAUCGAGCAGAGAUACGAACUGGGUCGGGAGCUCGGCCGCGGAGAGUUCGGAAUUACCUACCUUUGCACCGAUAAGGGCUCCGGCGAGACGUUUGCUUGUAAAUCGAUUUCGAAGAAGAAGCUGAAGACAGCUGUGGAUAUAGAGGAUGUGAGGAGAGAAGUUGAGAUCAUGAAGCAUUUGCCUAAGCAUCCCAACAUAGUGACCUUGAAAGACACCUAUGAGGAUGACCAGGCUGUCCAUCUUGUUAUGGAGCUCUGUGAGGGUGGUGAGCUCUUCGAUCGAAUCGUGUCGAGAGGCCACUACACAGAGCGUGCGGCUGCCGCCGUCACGAAGACGAUUGUUGAAGUUGUUCAGAUGUGCCACAAGCACGGUGUGAUGCAUCGGGAUCUCAAACCCGAGAACUUUUUAUUUGGAAACAAGAAGGAAACAGCACCUUUAAAGGCAAUCGAUUUUGGGUUGUCCGUGUUCUUUAAACCUGGUGAAGUAUUUAGUGAAAUUGUUGGAAGUCCCUAUUACAUGGCUCCUGAGGUGCUUAAACGCAACUAUGGUCCUGAAGUUGAUGUGUGGAGUGCUGGAGUUAUACUAUAUAUCUUACUUUGCGGUGUUCCACCAUUUUGGGCAGAAACUGAACAAGGAGUUGCACAAGCAAUUAUCCGGUCUGUUGUAGAUUUUAAGAGGGACCCCUGGCCUCUGGUUUCUGAUAAUGCGAAAGACCUUGUGAAGAAGAUGCUUAAUCCUGAUCCAAAGCGGAGGCUUACAGCCCAGGAAGUUCUAGAUCAUCCUUGGUUGCAAAAUGCAAAGAAAGCUCCAAAUGUUUCUUUAGGUGAAACUGUUCGGUCAAGGCUCAAGCAAUUCUCUAUCAUGAACAAGCUCAAGAAAAGUGCUCUCAAGGUUAUAGCUGAGUUUUUGUCGAUGGAGGAAGUUGCUGGCAUACAGGAAGGAUUUAAGCUCAUGGAUAUUAACAACAAGGGCAAGAUUAACAUUGACGAGUUAAGAGUUGGGUUACAUAAACUUGGCCAUCAGAUUCCUGAUGGGGAUCUUCAUAUUAUGAUGGAAGCUGGUGAUGUAGAUAACGAUGGAUAUCUGGACUAUGGAGAAUUUGUAGCCAUCUCUGUUCACCUAAGAAGGAUGGGCAAUGAUGAGGAGCACCUUCGCAAAGCAUUUGAAUUCUUCGACCAAAACCAGAGUGGGUAUAUUGAAAUUGAAGAGUUGCGAAAUGCCUUGAGAAAUGAAGUUGAUGACAACAUUGAAGAUGUAAUCAAUGCCAUUAUUUUUGACGUAGAUACGGACAAGGAUGGACGAAUAAGUUAUGAGGAGUUUGCCGCAAUGAUGAAGGCCGGGACAGAUUGGAGGAAAGCAUCAAGGCAGUAUUCGCGAGACCGGUUCAAUAGUCUCAGUUUGAAAUUGAUAAGGGAUGGAUCGUUGGAAGGUAAAACGGAGAGUACGUAACGUUGGAGGAUUGACUCACGGUACUUGUGGGGAGGAUGCAUAUUAAGGAAACAAUCUUUCAUUUUUUUUUUUUUUGUGUUAUGUAAUUCUUGUUCCAUUUUUUUGUUGUUUUUAGACCGAUUUGUGAUUAUUACUAGGACAUGGGCCAAGGGUGUUCGUGUCUUGGUGAAUGGUGAUGCAUGUAACGUAUUUGUUGUAAGGGUUGGGUGGGGGAAAGAGUAGGUUGGAAAACAAGCUCAUCGUGAUUGUAAAUAUGUUACAAAUUGGGACGCAUAUUUUCAUCAAAAGUCAUUGUUUGGUGUGA